UGCACGCAUAAAACAUCAUCAUUCAGCACUAAGCUCUCCAAAUUACAGCAUUCCGGCAUCAACAUUGACAAAGAUACGAGAGUUUUGAUUACUUCUUUGACCCCACAGCUAUCAUGGCGCCGAGGGACUCGUCUCCGCGAUCACCCCAUCGGCGCCGCGAGUCCUCAGGCACACGACAUUAUAAGCGAAGCUCACACCACGAGCGCCGCUCCUCGAGGCGACCUCCGACAACAUCCAGCUCCGAAGACAGUCGGCCCGACCGGAACUCACGCCCGCGCCCUCUUUCGGCAGAGGCCCUAGCACGGCUCAACGAGCGGAAUGCGAGGGGCAUUACCGAUCGAUCCCAGGGGCGGCGUCGGCAAACCGGUUCAAGAGAACACGACUACGAUGAAGAUCGUAGGAGGCGGCGUGAGGAGCGUAGGCGGCGGCAUUUAGAGGAGAAGUGGCGACGGGAAGAAGAGGAACGUCGAAGAAUGGGGGAGGAGGAAGAAAGCCGCGAUGAUCGCCGACACAGUGAUUACGACGACUUGCCACGACGUCCCAGGAGGGCGGCUUAUCGACACCACAGAAACUACUCCGAUGACGGGUACGAGAGUCCACCGCGAACACCGCGAACACCGCAAAGGGGCAGAAAGGACAAUAAACGGGUUGUCAGCGGUGCCGCCCUUGAGGAGGGCCAGGGAUGGCGGUUGGGCGGGUUUCUAGGCAGGUUACGAGGCGGAGGAGGAAGCAGUGUACCGAGCGUUGACCGGGGGAAGGAGAGAGACGAGUCGGACUAUGAUCCGCCGGCGCCAGUUCGAAAGAAGAAGAAGAAAUGGAUAUUUCUCGGUAUUGCGGUUGUGCUGCUCGUAAUAAUCAUCGUGGUGGCCGUUGUGGUUAGCCGGAACAACGCAUCGAACGAUGACGAUGACGACUCAAAGUUGGACGAGGAGAAAAAGGACACCAUACCGAUGCAAUGGCGAGGAACAUAUCUCGAUCCGUUCAGCUGGAAAAGUACCGACGACUUUAACGUUACCUUUACAGAUGAGAUGGUCGGCGGGCUGCCGGUCAUGGGCUUGUUCACGGAAUGGGAUGACUCGGCCCGCGCGAAUGACCAGGUGCCACCGCUGGACGAGGAAUGGGGCUCCUACGAGGAGAAGCCGGCGCGUGGUGUAAAUGUUGGCGGCUGGCUCAGCCUGGAACCCUUCAUCACUCCGUCCCUUUUCGACUACGACCGGCGCCACGGUAUUAUCGACGAGUACACGCUCUGCCGUCACCUCGGGCCCCGGACGACAGCUGAAGUUCUGGAGAAGCACUACGCUAGUUUCGUGACCGAGUCGACGUUCAGGGAGAUCCGUGAUGCCGGGCUAGACCAUGUGCGGAUCCCUUUCUCCUACUGGGCGGUCGAAGUAUUCGAAGGAGACCCUUACCUUUUCCGCACGUCUUGGCGAUACCUGUUGCGGGCCAUCGAAUGGUGUCGGAAGUACGGGUUACGCGUCAAGCUCGACCCGCACGGUAUCCCGGGAUCGCAGAAUGGGUGGAACCACUCGGGCCGGCAGGGAGCUAUCAGUUGGUUGAACGGGACGGAAGGGGCGGAGAACCGCAGGCGGUCGAUCGAAUUCCACGACCGGCUCUCCAAGUUCUUCGCCCAGGACAGGUACAGAAACGUCAUUGCGUUUUACGGAGCGGCCAACGAGCCGAGGAUGACGGAGCUGACGUCGUCGGACGUGAUUGCGUGGACCGAGGAGGUGUAUCAGCUUGUCCGCGACAACGGGGUGCGGGCGCCGGUGGUGUUCGGGGACGGGUUCAUGGGGCUGCACAACUGGCAGGGCCGGAUGACGGGGCACGACGACCUGGUGCUGGACGUGCAUCAGUACGUGAUCUUCAACCGGGACCAGAUCGCGCUGUCGCACAAGGAGAAAGUGGAGUUCGCGUGCAGCGAAUGGACGGAACAGGCGCAGCAGAGCAUGGACCGGUCGACGGGAUACGGACCCACCAUGUUCGCGGAAUGGUCGCAGGCGGACUCGGACUGCGCGCUGCACCUGACCAACGUGGGUCGGGGAAACCGGUGGACGGGAACGUUCGACACGGGACAGGAAGCGACGAGCGUGCUGGAGCCCCGGUGUCCGACGCUCGAUGAGCGGUGUGACUGCACGCCGGCCAACGCGGACAUUGGCGACAUGAGCGACGGGUACAAGCAAUUCCUCCGCAUGUUCGCCGAGGCGCAGAUGCACUCGUUCGAGAAGGGAUGGGGAUGGUGGUACUGGACGUGGGACACGGAGAGCGCUCCGUUGUGGAGUUACAAGAAGGCGUUGGCGGCGGGCAUCAUGCCUACGAAGCCGUGGGAUCGCGAUUUCGACUGUGACCGCAACGUGCCCAGCUUUGAUAACCUUCCGGAGUUUGACAAGCGGUGAAGAAAACCCCCAUCUUUGAAGUUGAGGACCGUCGAAGUCGCUCCCUUCUGCGGGUAAGUAGCCUGAGUUGAGGAUUGCCUGCCAGAAUGGGCAUGGGUUGGCUUUUGUUCCAUGGUGUGAUUUGAAUCGGAGUGAUUUGGAAAGGCUGCAAUACGGUAUAAGAAAUAUGGGCCACCUUUUCUACGGUCGAGCUGUUUGCAUGGUUGGGGCAUUUUGUUGUUUCUUUGGAGUUUCUGUAGAUGUUGGUUGCCUUGCUUUGUAGAAAGAGGACGGCGACCACUAGUGGUGAUAGUGGUGAUAGUGGUGAUAGUGGUGAUAAUGGUGAUAGUGGGCAG